CAGGAAGUCCUGGAGCAGAAAGAGGAUUUGAAGCCGGUCCCCGCUGUCCCCACGGAGCAGCAGCAGCUCGUAUCCCGCUCAGAGGAACUGAGCUAUUAUUGUAGUGUCCUGUAGAAUUUCCCAGCCUUCUUCCCCUGGUUCUGAGUCUGCUUCUCUGUGUGGCACCUUGGAGUUUCUAGCUGGCACCAUUACCUCCAACGAGUGGAGUUCUCCCACCUCCCCUGAGGGGAGCAACGACUCAGGGGGCAGUGAAGCCUUGGACAAACCCAUUGACAAUGAUGCUGAGGGGGUGUGGAGUCCAGACAUUGAGCAGAGCUUCCAGGAAGCCCUAGCCAUCUACCCACCAUGUGGACGGCGGAAGAUUAUCCUGUCAGACGAAGGCAAGAUGUAUGGCCGAAAUGAGCUGAUUGCCCGCUAUAUUAAGCUGAGAACAGGGAAAACACGCACAAGGAAACAGGUAUCUAGUCACAUCCAGGUCCUGGCAAGGCGGAAAGCUAGGGAGAUCCAAGCCAAGCUCAAGGAUCAAGCAGCUAAAGAUAAAGCCAUGCAGAGUAUGGCUACAAUGUCAUCUGCCCAGAUUAUUUCUGCAACUGCCUUCCAUAGUAAAAUGGCCUUGCCUGGUCUUCCACGGCCAGCCUACCCCGCUGUUUCUGGGUUUUGGCAAGGAGCUUUGCCAGGCCAAGCUGGAUCUUCCCAAGACGUGAAACCUUUUUCUCAACAAUCUUAUGCUGUACAGUCUCCACUGCCAUUACCAGGGUUUGAGUCUCCUACUGGCCUAUCACCUUCCCCAUCAGCACCAGCUUGGCAAGGACGAAGGGUUGCUAGCUCCAAACUUUGGAUGUUAGAAUUCUCUGCAUUCUUGGAACAACAACAAGACCAAGACACAUAUAACAAACACCUGUUUGUGCACAUUGGGCAGUCAAGCCCCAGCUACAGUGAUCCCUACCUCGAGGCAGUGGAUAUCCGGCAGAUAUACGAUAAGUUCCCUGAGAAAAAAGGGGGUCUGAAGGAGCUCUUUGAAAGGGGGCCAGCUAAUGCCUUCUUCCUUGUCAAAUUCUGGGCUGAUUUGAACACCAAUAUUGAAGAUGAAUCCAGAUCUUUCUAUGGCGUUUCCAGCCAGUAUGAGAGCCCAGAAAACAUGGUCAUUACCUGUUCCACCAAAGUGUGUUCCUUUGGAAAGCAAGUGGUAGAGAAAGUUGAGACAGAAUAUGCACGCUAUGAAAAUGGACACUAUUCCUAUCGCAUUCACCGUUCCCCUCUCUGCGAAUACAUGAUAAACUUCAUUCAUAAACUCAAGCACCUUCCUGAGAAGUAUAUGAUGAACAGUGUGCUGGAGAACUUUACUAUCUUACAGGUUGUGACAAACAGAGACACACAGGAGACCUUGCUGUGCAUAGCAUAUGUUUUUGAGGUGUCAACUAGUGACCACGGUGCCCAGCAUCACAUCUACCGUCUGGUGAAGGACUAGAGACUGCUCUGAGUCAUCCAUGGGAUGCAUGUCAAAGAAAAAAGCCCAUGCUUGAUUGACCCCUGUCCCCUCAUACCAAACUGAAAAAUAAACUGCAGAUAUUGUGUAUUUUCAGAAAAGCA